AUGCUCAACACGAAGGACUACAAUGCUUUGAGCCUGGCCCAGCCCACAAACUUCAAGGGCAUGCUGAAUUCCGGCGAGCUGCUCUGGGGCACUGGAUGUCGAAUCCCCCAUCCAGAGGCGGCGCGAGUUGUUGCUGCGACGCCGUACCAUUUCUGUUUCUUGGACGCGGAACACGCGCCUCUCAACGCAACCCUCCUCGUCAGUUUGAUCCGAACGAUCCAAUACCACUCUAAUGGCUCCAUGGUACCAGUCGUCCGAAUCCCGAGAUGCUCACCCGAGCUAUACAACUACGCCCUGGGCGCUGGCGCUGGCGGAGUGAUUAUGCCACACGUCCAGAAUGCAAAACAGGCAGAGGAGUUGGUGCAGCUGUGCCGGUUUCCACCGCUGGGGAGCCGCAGCUUCCCCCCUGCGGCUCUGAUCGGCGAGCAGCAGAACCGAACCCCGGAAGGAAAGACAACCUAUGACGUGUGGGAUGAACAUGCCGCUGUGAUUUGCCAGAUUGAAGAUCUAGAGGGGCUGGAGAAUGUCGAAGAGAUUUGCCGAGUCCCAGGUGUGGACGGUCUGUUCGUCGGCACAGGUGAUCUGCGCAUGUGUCUGAACUUAGCCCACGGGUCGCUCGACGGCGAUGAAGCUGUGUUUCUCUCUGCGCUUCGCAAGAUCCGAGAUGCGGCAAAGGCCAAUCACCUUCCCAUUAUGGGAUUCGGCAUCUCACCUUCCGGGGUGGAGCUUAGGAGGGAGAUGGGCUGGAAUGCGUUCAUCAUCCAUGGGGACAUUGACGCCAUCUGCAAGUCGGCCGUCCUGUCUUUGCAGACGUACACUGAUGCGGCCUCUGGAGCUGGGGCCAACGGUUGUCCAUCCGUGCGGGCGAAGAAUGCGAAGCAAUCGUUCAAGUCCCCAAUGGCGAACCUCGAAAGCAAUGUGAAAGCCGUCAUCGCAAAACAGUUCAAAGUGCCCGUCGAUGAGCUGACCACCGACGCCGACCUUAAAAAUGGCCUGGCCCUAGGCGACCUUGGAAGGCCACAGAUGUUAACUGCCCUGCAAGAGAGGUUUGAUAUCUAUAUCACGGACGAGGAUACGGACGGAUUCACUACGAUCCAAGAUGUUAUUGACUACGUUGCGACAAGGCUGUGGUGGUACGCAAUUUAG